AUGCAGACGGCCUUCAUUCUGCAGCGCCUCUUGACGGAGGAAGGAGCUUUUUUCCAUUCUGCAAUGCAGGUGAGGCCCAUCUCUUCCAUGGGUGGUGGUUACGGUGUGGUGGCCGCGGCGCCAUUGAAGCCCGGUACAUUUCUUGCAAAGAUACCACGGCGCUCUAUGAUCACGGCUAGCAAGGCACGUCGUUAUUUAGCAUAUUUCGAAUACCGUCAGAGACAUGUUCUCCCUGAAAACAAUCUACUGUCCAACAAAACCGUUCCUGAAGCAGCCUUGGCAAGCGUUGAAAGAGAGCUAUCGCAGACUCUUUCUCCAGCAAACACCAUUAUUUGUUACCUGCUUUUGACUGCGGCACAAUGCGGUCGGUUUCAUGUCCCACUUACUCAAAAUGGCACGGAUGUGGCUGCUGCUAGUAGCAGGAAAAGGGAUGAACAGCUCUGUCAGAGUGAUCAUGCGUGGAUGAAGACCUGGAUACUCUCGCUUCCUACCCAUUACGAUAAUCUUCUGGAGCUGCGUCCAGAAAAGGAGGAUGGGGAAGUUUCUUCAGGCCUUGAUAAGGCUGCCAAAAUGUGUUCUUCGCCUGAUGCAUAUCUCCACCCUUACCUACAGUUUGAGCGGCAUCGUUGUAAGGUGCUGCAAGAGCAGGCGAAGGUUGAGGCGGAAUUUCGGUUGUGCCAGUCGGUGCUAUCCGUUUUACAAACGUUGCCACAUCCUGAGGGUGGAGGGGCACCAGUAUCAGCUACAUUGGAUCAGUUUCUUUGGGCUUACAACACCCUGAUGACUCGUGGUUUCUCGUACGAUCGAGAGGUUUGGAGCCUUAUGCCGUGGGUGGAUUACUUUAACUACGCUUUUACCAGCAAUGCCACAAUGAAGUACGAUGAAAGACGCGAAGCAUACGUGUUUGAAACACUUUUUCCCAUUGAAGAAGGGGAACAAAUUCUACUGCACUAUGGUGCCUAUACCGACAUGGAGUUGCUGCUGUGGUAUGGUUUUACCCUUACCCCAGGUUUAUUCCCUGAAUUUACCAGGGGCACUACACUAGAAGAACGAGGUCAGAUACUGCGAAUGCUUUUGCGUGAAGAUCUAGAACCAAUGAAUGCUGCUGAAGCUUGUUUUUCCCAUCGCGAUGGUGUGUGGCUAGACGCCGUAAACAGGGCUUUGGGCUAUUCUUUCUCACCAUGGGCCGAUGCGGACGGAUCCUAUCCUCCUUCUAGACCACGUGAGUCAUGGCUAGAACUCCUCCUUUCUGCGUACAUGAGGCUGGUAAAUGUGAGUAGUGCUGACAACCACAAGUAUUAUUUCCCCCCUGCAGCAGAGGCAGCGAAUGUACUUGCAAAGACAAUUAUGGGGACACCGACGCAGCACUCACUUCCACCCAAACUAACUGCCUACGAUUGUCGUCUGGGAGCACGAGGCCCAUCGCCAUCUAUGCUGCGUCUUCUGAAAUACGCUAGCCGAAUUUGUUCCACCUCUAACGGAGCGACGCGUUUAACCCCAGCUGACGUUUUGCGAGCUAUUUGUUGGGCAGAACUGUUUUGUAAUUCUGGUUCAGGGAUUGAAUCGUUAUUACUUACAAAUGGGACGGUUGCACCGCUACAAGGCGGUGCAAAGGCCAUGGCGUGUCAGGCGUCGUUGGAUGCUGUCGUGCUCCUGCACUUUCUGGCGGUGGAGGCGACCGAGGACGAAUUGCGCAUCUACCUUUCGAGGGAAUGCGGGUAA